CGCAGAGCGCGGCUUCCUGAGUGUCUGGUGGCGGCGGCCAUUUUGUGGUGCUUCUUCCCUCUGCUGUUCGGGCUGCGGUGUCGGGACCUGGCGAGGGGACGAGACGGAGCGGGGGGAGCCGGGGCCCUCACCCUCACCUUCCCUUCGCCUCCCUGCGCGGCGGAGCCCCCCUCCGGCGCUGCCCCCGGGUGCAGCUGAGAGCGGCGCUCACCCACCAUUAUGGAAGACGACGGGCAGCCCAGGACCCUCUAUGUAGGAAACCUCUCCAGAGAUGUGACUGAAGUUCUUAUACUUCAGUUAUUCAGCCAGAUUGGACCAUGCAAAAGCUGUAAAAUGAUAACAGAGCAACCCGAUAGCAGAAGGGUCAACUCUUCUGUUGGAUUUUCUGUUUUGCAGCAUACAAGCAAUGACCCUUAUUGCUUUGUGGAAUUUUAUGAACACAGAGAUGCAGCUGCUGCAUUAGCUGCUAUGAAUGGGAGAAAAAUUUUGGGAAAGGAGGUCAAAGUAAACUGGGCAACAACACCAAGUAGCCAGAAAAAAGAUACAUCCAAUCACUUCCAUGUGUUCGUUGGGGAUUUAAGUCCAGAAAUAACAACAGAAGACAUCAAGUCAGCAUUUGCUCCUUUCGGUAAAAUAUCGGAUGCACGGGUAGUUAAAGAUAUGGCAACUGGAAAGUCAAAAGGCUAUGGUUUUGUAUCUUUUUAUAACAAACUGGAUGCAGAAAAUGCUAUUGUACACAUGGGAGGCCAGUGGUUGGGCGGCCGUCAGAUCAGAACUAACUGGGCAACGCGGAAACCACCAGCCCCCAAAAGUACACAAGAAAAUAAUACAAAACAAUUGAGAUUUGAAGAUGUAGUAAAUCAGUCAAGUCCAAAAAACUGUACUGUGUACUGUGGAGGAAUUGCAUCAGGGCUAACAGAUCAACUUAUGAGACAGACUUUUUCACCAUUUGGACAGAUUAUGGAAAUAAGAGUGUUCCCAGAAAAAGGUUACUCAUUUGUCAGAUUUUCAACCCACGAAAGUGCAGCGCAUGCUAUUGUUUCAGUUAAUGGAACCACAAUUGAAGGACAUGUUGUCAAAUGUUAUUGGGGUAAAGAAUCCCCUGAUAUGACUAAAAACUUCCAACAGGUGGAUUACAGUCAGUGGGGGCAAUGGAGCCAAGUAUAUGGAAAUCCACAGCAGUAUGGGCAAUAUAUGGCUAAUGGGUGGCAAGUACCAUCAUAUGGAAUGUAUGGCCAGGCAUGGAAUCAACAGGGUUUUGGAGUAGACCAAUCUCCAUCUGCCGCCUGGAUGGGUGGAUUUGGUGCUCAACCUGCCCAGGGACAAGGUGCUCCUGUAAUACCUAACCAAGCUGGAUAUGGUAUGGCAAGCUACCAAACACAGUGAGCUGGGACUCUGUUUAAAAAGUGUGUAUUUCAUGAUAGGCUGCAGUUUCCAGUGACAUUCUGAAGACUGGAAUGUAGACAAUGGAGAGGAGAGAGGAAAAAAAAAAAAAAAAAAAAAGAAAAUAUUUAUUUUAAAAAUGGAAAUGUUUGGAACCUUUAGCACAGCUUUGCUUUGGUGAAGGACACAAAUGUCUUCUAGUUCUGCCUUUUUAAGUUUUUGUUCAUGAUGGAUAUGAACAUGUUUUUCUUUGUGUACAAAAAUUAAAAAUAAAGUCAAUAAAGACAAUUCUGACUACAAAUUUUGAUAUAGAAGGAGAAAUGGGUAAUGAAUUUGAUCUCUAGGUUGCCAUUCCAUUCUAUUUUCUUUUAUUUGGUCUGUCCUCAGUGUUUUAUAUCACUGUGCUUUUUAAGAGCAAUGCCGUUGAACAGCAGCGAGUUGCUUUUAGUUGGACACACAUCCUGAAAUAAACUGUGGACCAAUCAGUACAACCCUGCUAGACAGUAUUGGUUUUUCAAGGAACCCGUGGGCAUAGCUGAGAGAGUAUCUCUAGGUCUUGGAAUAAUUUUUUUAAAUAAAAAGUUUAAUUUUUCUACAUGCAUAAAGGAAACUGAUUCAAAGAGCAGUUCGGUCUACAAUGGAAAACAGUACUGUCUGAGGAGCUUCACCUGACUUUUACUGUCCACGUUCAGGCGCACACUGAAACUUUUCAGAGCUGGUUUGCUUCUUAAGACUGUAGUCAUUUUGCAUUUUAAUUUUGAGAAGUAAAAAAAAAAAAAAAGGAAAAAAAAAA